GACAAAGCCUAUGUGGGAGGGGACCAAUGGGAGAAGGACAUAGGAGGAGUGCGAGGAACAACAUCGUCGGUGGCAGAGAGAUUUAUGUGGCUCGAAAGAGCCCACGCCCGUGGAGGACACUUUCGACACACGAGCGCCCACUUUGUGAGACUGCGACGGUACCCGAGAGAUGACAAUGACGACGAGGACUUUCCUCAGCGCACAGAUCUUGAUGUCAGGGAUGCGGGCGACAGUGGUGAUGGAGGGGACAGCGAUUGGAGCGACUCUGAAGAUGUUCACAGACACAGCGGUGAGAUGGAUGUUUUCGGGGACAGAGAGGGAGUGGAGGAUUUGUGGGGCGAGUAUGGCAGUCCAGUGGAGCGUGGGGAUUGCGAUCACACUGCGGACGUGGACCCUUCGUCGGGGCACGUGUUGGGGAUGACGGGACAAUCAGCAGGUGGGAGUGGGUUGCAAGGUGCACCAAGGGAGGGGGAGAGGCCGACAUCCUUCCUUGAUCGUGCUUCCACCGUCGCGGAAGGCGAUCACGUUGGGGGGAGUGCCACGAUGCAGAUAUUGGAGAGGGACCCCGAAGUGCAUGCUCGACGUCUGGUAUUGGACGGGCCACCUUCAGUUGCCCCGAGGGGUGGAUAACCCUGGCGGAGCAUUUGAGAGAGUUCGUGAGGGGGGGGGACACACGGCAGUGGGUGUGGUCCGUG